AUGGAUGAAGUUGUUCAAGAACCUGUUGCUGCCAUUUCAGAUCCAUCACAUAUCAAUGUCAAACUCUUCAAUCGCUGGAACUUUGAUGAUGUCCAACUCACUGAUGUUUCGUUGAGUAUCUAUAUUGGAGUUGCGGCAACCCAAAAUCUCCGCACUGCUGAGAGAUACUUUGUGAAGAGGUUUAGGAAAUUUCAGUGUCUUGUUAUUGUGAGGCUGACAAACUCACGCAUGAUGCUUGGGAGGAACAAUGGGAAGAAUCUUAAGGUUGUUGGUGUCAUCAAGCAUGCUAUGGAGACUAUCCUUUUUCUCACUGACUAG